AGCUCUGGGGGCCGGGGCUGCCGAGAGUCCGCGGAGGCACCGGGAGAGUUCGGAUGCCUCGGUCCGCGCUGCGCGGGAGCCAGCUCCAGUACCAGACCCGGACCCUUCACCCACCCUCUUCCAGGGCCGCCCCGCUUCCCUACUAACCUUGAACUCAAAAGCCUCUCUCCCUGGGCCUCUGUCCCUGAAAUUCCCACCUCUGAGGCCAUGGGGAGCCCCCUGGUGUAGUCUCCAGCCAUCCUUAGUGACCAGGUGUAGGUGGGGAUGAGCUGAGGUUCCAAUUGUCUACCAGUGCCCCUGCUGCCCUCCAGGCCAUGGCGGAGGAGGUAGGGGCUACGCUGCCUGUGGCUGAGUGGCUGCGGGCAUUGCAUCUGGAGCAGUAUGCUGGGCACUUUGAGCAGUAUGGGCUAAUGCGGGCAGCUGACUGCUGGGGCCUGAAUGAUGGACAACUCCUCCACAUGGGCGUCACGAUGCCUGGGCAUCGCCGACGAAUCCUGUCUGGCCUCCAACGGGCCUAUGCCACUGCCUCUGAGGAGCCCCGUGGGCCUGCCCCUGCCCCUGCCCCUCGGGGACCUCCUCGGCCUGUGCCUGCCAAGCGCCAUGUCUUUCGUUCUGCCCCAGCCCCUGUUCCAGCCCCAGCCCCAGAUCUAUCCUUAGCCCUGGCCCCAGCCCCAGCCCUGGCCCCAUCCCUAGCCACAGCCAUGGUCCCAACCCUGGCCCCAGGACCAGCACUAGCCUCAUCACCAGUCUUAGCCUCAGUCUCAGUCUCAGUCCCAGCCCCAGUUCAGACCCCCACCUUAGUUCCUUCAGCUUUUGCCCCACCUAUCCCUCCCCGAAGGAGUUGCCGACCUCCUGCCCCCUUUGCUCCUCCGGAGCCUGGCCCAUCCAGGGACCCCAUGCUGCCUCCACUGCCUGCCAAACGACACCAGGUGGAGGCCAGAGCACCUUGCAUUCCACCUCGGAGUGGCCCACCCAAACCUCUGGUGAGCCUCCCCACAGAAGAGGAGAAGUCACUGGAGCCCGAGCUUGAUGCGACUUUGUCCCCCAUCUCGCAGAUUCCCUCCCAGCCCCCUCCACUCACCCUCAGUGCCCCAGAAAUCCCCCCGAAGCCCUCCCACCUGCUGCCCGAGCUUGACGAUUCGGACUAUGAUGAGCUUCCUGAAGAAGGGCCACCAGCCCCAAGCCCCAGCCCAGUGAUGGUCAACAAGGAGGAGCCAUCCCUGCAAGAUGUCCCAAGGACUGUGAGCGUGGCCAGUCUGCUGAGUGAAGGUGACGAGCUUGAGGAGGACCUCCACUACUAUGAGGACAUCCCCAAUGGCAUAUGGGAUGAUGUUGGUCUGAGAUCCCCAAGCCUCAGCAGCAUCCCAGCCCCAGAGGUCCCCCUGAAUCCUAUGGAGGGGCCGCCUUGGACCUCAACUCCCUCCACACCUGUCAUCAAGGUCGGCUGGCUGGACAAGAACCCACCUCAGGGGCCCCACAUAUCUUACACUGCCAGAUCCUACAUCUAUCAGAAGCGAUGGGUCAGGCUGGACUCUGAUUACCUACGGUACUUUGACAGUGACAAGGAUGCUUAUUCCAAGCGUUUCAUCCCCGUCUCCUCCAUCUCUCGAGUUUCUGGCGUCAGCGACCAGAAGUUUGAAGUCAUCACACACAAUCGGACCUUUGUCUUCCGGGCUGAGAGUGAUGCCGAGCGGAAGGACUGGAUGCAGGCACUUCAGCAGGCGGUAGAGGAGCAGCAGGGUCGGGCCCGGCUUUCAAAGGCCAGCCCCUUGGAGCCUCACUGUCCUGGGAUCCCAGACCACACUGGCAGCCUGGAGCUUCGAGGGGUGAAGAGCAAGCUGUAUGUGGUGGUAGCUGGGGACAAGGUGCUACUGUAUAAGAACUUGGAGGAAUACCAGAUGGGUAUAGGCAUCACUUUCAUUGAUAUGAGUGUGGGCAAUGUGAAAGACUCAGAUCGGAGAAGCUUUGAUCUCACCACUCCUUAUCGGAUCUUCAGUUUCUCGGCCGAGUCAGAGUUGGAGAAGGCGGAGUGGCUGGAGGCCAUGCAGGGCGCCAUUGCGGAGGCCCUGUCCACCAUGGAUGUGGCUGAGCAGAUCUGGGUUGACGCCUCUAACCGACUCUGUGCCGACUGUGGGGCCCCACAUCCAGAUUGGGCCUCCAUCAACCUCUGCCUUGUGAUUUGCAAGAGAUGUGCAGGGGAGCAUCGAUGGCUGGGGCCUUCUGUCUCCAAGGUUCGGAGCUUGAAGAUGGACCGGAAAGUGUGGACAGAGGAUCUGAUUGAGCUCUUCCAUCAUCUGGGGAAUGAGUCCGGGAAGCGGUUCUGGGCAGCCAAUGUGCCCCCCAGUGAAGCAUUGCACCCCAGCAGCAGCCCUGAGGACCGGCGGCACCACCUGGAGGCCAAGUACCGCGAGGGCAAGUACCGCCGUUAUCAUCGCUUCUUCGGCAAGCAAGAAGAGCUUGAUAAGGCCCUUUGUGUGGCUGUCACCACUACUGACCUCGAAGAGACACAGGCCCUGCUGGGCUGUGGGGCGGCCAUCAACUGCUUCUCAGGGGACCCUGCAGCCCCCACGCCCUUGGCCGUGGCCAGGCAGGCUGGCCAGAGGCUGCAGAUGGAGUUUCUCAGGAACAACCAGACCUCUGAGAUGCCCCGGCUGGACCCAGUCAGCAUUGUGGAGAAGCAUUACUCUGUCAUUCAGCCCACCGUGAGCCACAGUGGCUUCCUCUUCAAGACGGCCUCUGUGGCCAAGCCCCUGCAGGAGCGCCGUGCGCGAGAAGAGUUCAGCCGACGCUGGUGUGUUCUCAGUGAUGGGGUCCUGAGUUACUAUGAGAAUGAGCGGGCUGUCGUGCCCAAUGGGGAGAUCCGAGCCAGUGAGAUCGUGUGCCUGGCUAUACCCCCAUCUGACACCCAUGGCUUUGACAGUACCUUCGAAGUAUACACAGAAACUGAGAGGAUGUACCUGUUUGCAUCAGAAAGCCCAGACCUGGCCCGAGAAUGGGUCAAGUGUAUUGCUAAGGCCUUCGUGCCCCCCCACGCGGAGGAGCUGCUGUGCAGGGACUUUGAGCGUCUGGGCCGCCUCUCAUAUAAGGCCGGCCUCAGCCUGCAGCGGACUCAGGAGGGUUGGUUUGCGUUGGCCGGCUCUGAGCUCCGAGCAGUGUUUGAGGACAGCCCCAGCGAGGAGGCUCUUCAGCUCCGAAAGCUUCAAGAGCUAUCGAUUGAAGGGGAUAAGGAAGUCCUCGUACUGGUGGAGAGGGGGAGGACCCUGUACAUCCAGGGGGAAAGGAAGCUGGACUUCUCCGGAUGGCUGGGGGCCAUCCAGAAGGCAGCAGCGAGCUCUGGGGAUACUCUGUCCGAGCAGCAACUGGGGGACUCUGAUAUCCCCGUCAUUGUCUACCGAUGUAUAGACUACAUCACGCAGUGUGGAUUGACCUCAGAGGGCAUCUACCGUAAGUGUGGGCAGACGUCAAAGACACAGCGGGUGCUGGAGAACCUGCGUCGGGAUGCCCGCUCUGUGCGUCUCAAGGAGGGGGAGCAGCACGUGGAUGAUGUUUCCUCUGCCCUCAAGCGCUUCCUGCGGGACCUACCCGAUGGGCUCUUCACUCGGACUCAGCGCUGUGCUUGGCUCGAUACAGCAGCAAUCGAGAAUGAGGAAGAGAAGAUUUCUAGGUACCAGGAACUCUUGGGGCUCUUGCCCCCUGUCAACCGGGCCACAGCGAAAGCCCUCAUCAGCCACCUGUACUGUGUACAGUGCUUCUCAGAGACCAAUCAGAUGAAUACCCACAACUUGGCAAUUGUCUUUGGGCCCACACUUUUCCAGACGGAUGGUCAGGACUACAAGGCUGGCCGAGUGGUGGAGGACCUCAUCGAUCACUAUGUCCGAGUGUUCAAUGUGGAUGAGCAGGAGCUAAGGAAGCAGCGAGAGGAGAUCACAGCCAUUGUCAAGAUGAGGGUGGCAGGCUCAGCCAGUGGAACACAGCAUGCUGGAGAUUUCAUCUGCACCGUAUACUUGGAAAAGAAGGCAACGGAGACGGAGCAGCAUGUUAAGAUCCCAGCUUCCAUGACAGCCCAGGAGCUCACCAUGGAGAUCUUAGAUCGUAGGAAUGUGAGGAUAAAGGAGAAGGACUAUUGGACCUGUUUUGAAGUCAGUGAGAGGGAAGAGGCAGAGAGGCCCCUGCACUACACUGAGAAGGUCCUCCCUAUCUUGCACAGCCUAGGGACUGACAGUCAUCUGGUGGUAAAGAAGUACCUGGCCAUGGAGGCCAUGCUCAUGUACCUAGCCAGCAAGGUGGGGGACACCAAGCAUGGCAUGAUGAAGUUCCGUGAGGAUCGCAGCCUCUUGGGCCUGGGCCUCUCCACGGGCAGCUUCCACGACCGUUACUUCAUGCUUAAUGGCAGCUGCCUAAGGCUCUUCAAGGAAAUCAGAAACCUGAAGCAGCACGGUGGGGGCCUUGAGAACAGUCACAAGCCAGAAAAGGAAUGGCCUAUAAAGAGCCUCAAAGUCUACCUGGGGGUGAAGAAGAAGUUACGACCACCUACCUGUUGGGGUCUCACUGUGGUGCACGAGACAGAGAAACACGAGAGGCAGCAGUGGUACCUUUGCUGUGACACCCAGAUGGAGCUCAGAGAGUGGUUCGCCACCUUCUUCCUUGUACAGCAUGGCGGGACUGUCUGGCCUUCUGAGCCCUCCAGGGUGGUUCGGCCUGUACCUGAGUCAAGGCUGGGCAGUGUGUCGCUCAUCCCCCUGAGGGGCAGUGAGAAUGAGAUGAGGAGGAGUGUGGCCGCCUUCACUUCUGACCUCUUGUCUGCUCAAAGUCCACCGUGACCAGGUGCUGCCCCCUCGCACCUCUGAGAUGAGAGGGGUCCAGAUAUUCUCAGUCUCCACGGGAGAGAGGCAUAGGCUUCAUGGGGAAGCCCGGUUACAGCUGCUCAUCCCAUCAAGACUCUCUGUCCUGGACUUUGUGUGUGUUGCAGAAGAAGAGUUUCAGCUCCUAGGGGUCUGGGUGGCAGGGUUAGCUGUGGAGCAUUGGAAUGGGUGAGGGCAGACUCUCCUAUUUUUCCCAUUUUACCCUCUACCUACUCUUCUCCCUUCAUCCAGGAUCUUUUUAAAAAAACAAAUAAUAUAAAUAUAUCUGUAUAUUUUA